CGACACAUCUUGGCCAUGGCAGAUCGCAGCGAGAGCCCGGACUCCGACGGGGAUUCGGUAUCGAGACACGGCUCUGACCAACCACCGGCUCGCAAGAGGCAGCGCGUGCGACUGAGCUGCUUGGAGUGCCGCCGCCGCAAGCUUUCGUGCGAUCGUGGCUUUCCAUGCGAGCGCUGCAUCAAGAGUGGCACCCCUGAUCGCUGCAGCUACGAAUCACGCAACGGAGAGGUGGUUAAUGCAUCGUCCGGCAUCCCCCCUUCCUUUGCGCAGCUGGACUCGCGGCGCUUCGGCAUUGGCGAUGCCGUCUCGGGCUUCUCACCCCGAGACUCUGAGCUGGCUCGCCAGGACCACGACCGCAUCCGCAGGCUGGAGCUGGAGAUUACGCAGCUCAAGAACCUUUUGACACGGCCUGGUGCAUCGUCUCUGGAUGGGAGCACCAUCGUGGGCACCAACUCGCCGUCGACGCAGAAGGAUGAGGCGCCAAACGAUGGCGAGGCUCGACCUCGAGCGGAAGAGCAGGAGAUCAUCGAGAAGAGCGGCAUGGCUGGUGAGAAUGGUGAAUUGCGCUUCUUUCGAGGCAAGGGGUUCCGGACACGCUAUUUCGGCCCCCAUAAUGCCAGCAUGGCGUUUGUCGAGCUGACGGGGCUGUGUCCCUUUAUGCGGGAGACGGCGGAUGAGUGGCUUCGUCCGGUGAUACUCCAUGAUCGCAAAGACCGCAAGCGCCGCCAAGAGGAGCGAGAUGCCAUUUUCGAGCAACAGGAUCUGGAGCUAGAGGCCCUUCUCCCCUCCAAGGAAGAGGCAGAUGCCCUCAUCACCGUCUAUCUGGAUCAGUUUGAGCAAAUCCACCGCAUUGUCCAUGUGCCCACUUUCCGGAAGGAGUAUGCCGAAUUCUGGAACCCCGGAACCCAACAGAGGUAUUCGGCAUUCACAGCAUUGGUCCUGUCAAUGAUGGCCGUGGCCAGUUGUGUGCAUACGCACGAGGCGCUCAAGUUCAUUGGCAUGAUGUCGAAUGCGCAGCAUUUAGCUGAGAAGUGGAUCAAGGCGUGUGAUAAGUGGUCCGACAAGCAAAGCCAGAAGCACCGACGACUUAUUCACUAUCAGAUAGCUUGCUUGCUCUACCUUGGCAAGCGGGUCAACACCAUCAAGAAGAAGCGAUUCUGGACAAGCUCAGGGCAGCUGAUCCGCGAUGGCAUUGCCGUCGGGCUGCAUCGUGAGCCAAGCCACAUGGGCGGCAAGAUCACAGUGUAUAACCAGGAGAUGCGACGGAGGAUAUGGGCGACGGUGCAAGAGUUUGAUAUGCAAGCCUCGUUUGACCAUGGCCUGCCGACGCUGGUGAGCCAGCUUCACUUCGACACAAACCCUCCGCGGAAUCUGGACGAUGAAGACUUUGACGAGAACACGACGGCAUUGCCGCCUUCCAAGCCAGCCAAGGAUUAUACAUUUUCAUCUUUCCAAAACCUGGCACGACAGAGUUUGCCCCUUCGCCUUGAGCUCAGCCGACUUCUUACCGGGCCACUGUCCGAGAUAGACUACGACCAGGUCAUUCGCUAUACAAAUGACUUGACCCAUGAGAUCGAUGCUCUCCCUUCUUGGGACAUGAAUCUUGAGAAUAACAAUGGCUCCAAAAAGAACCCACUCAUUGCUUAUACUUUGCUGCACGUCCAGCUGAGGCAGUACAUUAUCCCUCUACAUCAACCCUACCUCAAGCUGCGCAAGCAAAACUCAAAGUACCAAUAUUCCGAAAUAAUCUACUACAACGCCGCGAGAGACAUUGUUCUCCUCCACGACAAGUUAUACGAGCAGGGCGUCCGAGCGCUCAACUUCUUGCGAGAGGAUGCCCUCACCACGUGCAUCAACCUCUGCAGCGUCACGAUGCUGCAGCCCCGCGGGUCGACCAACAUGAUCAUGAUCAACUCGCACCACACCGUCAAGCUGAUUGAGAAAUGCAUCGCCAUGAAGGAGGACCGCCUGCUGCGUUGUGGUAAUAACGAGCCGUGGGGGUACUCCAUCAUGUGUGCUGCCUUGGGUCUUCUCGAGGCGCAUCUGGGCACGAAGACGACUGAGGUGGCGAAAUCCACUUCGGCGGAGAGAUUUGUAAACCUCCAUUACAAACUUCUC